GCCAGGCUAGGGAGCGCCAGGCUUGGCCAAGCUCAGCAGAGCUCUAGCUCCAGCUCUGCCCUCCGUGCCACCUCGGCCUCGGGGCGAGAGCUUGGGGACCCAAGACGCCAAGAUCUCUCCCCUCAAAUAGCCGCAUAGCUCCGGCCCCCGGAGGUCCCACCAAGUAGCCUGCGCCUCGGCUAGGAGCUACUCGAACCCUAGGAGACAGCAGGGGCAGAGGGGGCGUUUUGCGUGGGGAAAGCCAUACGCCAGCCGCUCUUUGGGCACCACGGUGGACGUCGCCUUUGAAAGGCUCAGAGCUCACAGUCCGACGCUGCCAAGUCGCGGGAGCUCAAGGACCCCGGAAUCCCAGCGCAAAGGCUGAGACAAUGCUGGUGACCUCCAACGCGAAGUCACCGCCACACGGCGACGCGCCGACCUCCGCGAGCCCUGGUGCCAAGCUCUCUCCCGUUUCCAGCCAGAUGUGACUCCCUCUGCUGCUUCCUCCCUCUUUUGGCUUUCCAAGGACUACAAGCCAAAAGCCUGCCACAAAGCUUAGUCGAUCGCCCUAGUGGACAAGUUUGGGCCGCUACUGGUGUCGCCAAGCACUGCCCGGGACCGGUAGCGCUAACCCACUACACGCACCCCCUCCAGCGGCGAUAAUGUGGAGAAGUAAGGGGAAGGCAAUAUCGCGAACCGAGUAGUCAUAAAACGGUCUGCGCUGCUGUCGCGAAAUGGGUGGUUAAGUGCUUGGGGGACUAAGCGCGCGGCCUCUGAGAUGCUCAGAAAACUGCUGCCACGACCCGGGCGCGGUGCAGAUGCGGCCGAGGUGGAAGCGUCUGUGCUGCGAACCUCUGUCGACGCCACUCAAACAAGGAGCUGAGGGCUUAGUCCGCAGCUCGCCCGGACCACUCGCGGCUGCUUGGAGCCGCCUCUUUCUCCAGGUUCUCCCGCACCGGCGGGAGGAAAGUUCUCGCUGCCCCCGCACCUCUUCACAGCUGCGCAGCCUCCCUUACUUUGGUCUCUGCAAGUGCCCACUUUAGUCCCGAGAGGCGCUCUGGCCGCCCGAACUGCCUGCCCCUAGCACCUGGUGGUCCCUCCCUUCAUCCCCGCGGUGAGGCGCCCUCCCCCGCCCCUCGCUCCCCUCCCCCAAACCACAGCCCUAGCUCGCUCCUGCGCGCGCGCUCUCCGGGGCCCAAGUGAAUAGUCCUCGCGCGAGCGGGACACAGUGGUGGAUGCAAUUCCCCUCGCCUCCAGCCGCCAGGAGCUCCCCGGCGCCGCAGGCAGUGUCCUCCUCCGAAGCAGCUGCACUCGCACCUGGGCAGCCUGGACCCUCGUGCCCUGCUCCCGGGGUCUCACGCGGGGGGCGCCCCGGGACACCCCCUGCGGGCCGGGUGGAGGUGGAGGAGGAGGAGGAGGAAGAAGACGUGGACCAAGACCCCCACCCUAUCCUGAACACCUGGUUGAGCUGCUACCACUUCUUUUUAAGGGAAAAAAAAGAGCCCGGGAGAACCAUGGGGGGCUGCGAAGUCCAGGAAUUUCUUUUGCAAUUUGGUUUCUUCUUGCCACUGCUGACAGCUUGGCCAGGCGACUGCAGUCACGUCUCCAACAACCAAGUUGUGUUGCUUGAUACGACAACUGUGCUGGGAGAACUAGGAUGGAAGACAUAUCCAUUAAAUGGGUGGGAUGCCAUCACUGAAAUGGAUGAACACAAUAGGCCUAUUCAUACUUACCAGGUAUGCAAUGUAAUGGAGCCAAACCAAAACAACUGGCUUCGUACAAACUGGAUCUCACGUGAUGCAGCUCAGAAAAUUUAUGUGGAAAUGAAGUUCACACUAAGGGAUUGUAACAGCAUCCCUUGGGUCUUGGGGACUUGCAAAGAAACCUUUAAUCUGUAUUAUAUGGAAUCAGAUGAGUCCCAUGCAAUUAAAUUCAAGCCAAGCCAGUAUAUAAAGAUUGACACAAUUGCUGCUGAUGAGAGUUUUACCCAGAUGGAUUUAGGUGAUCGCAUCCUCAAACUCAACACCGAAAUUCGUGAAGUGGGGCCUAUAGAAAGAAAGGGAUUUUAUCUGGCAUUUCAAGACAUUGGGGCAUGCAUUGCCCUGGUCUCCGUUCGUGUUUUCUACAAAAAGUGUCCCUUCACUGUUCGAAACUUGGCCAUGUUUCCCGAUACCAUCCCAAGAGUUGACUCUUCCUCUUUGGUUGAAGUACGGGGCUCUUGUGUGAAGAGUGCUGAAGAGCGUGAUACUCCUAAACUAUAUUGUGGAGCAGAUGGAGAUUGGUUGGUUCCUCUUGGAAGGUGUAUCUGCAGUACAGGAUAUGAAGAAAUUGAGGGUUCUUGCCAUGCUUGCAGACCAGGAUUCUAUAAAGCCUUUGCUGGUAACACAAAGUGUUCUAAAUGCCCUCCGCAUAGUUUAACCUACAUGGAAGCAACAUCUGUUUGUCAGUGUGAAAAGGGUUACUUCCGAGCUGUAAAAGAUCCACCUUCUAUGGCAUGUACCAGGCCACCUUCAGCUCCUAGGAAUGUGGUUUUUAACAUCAAUGAAACAGCCCUUAUUUUGGAAUGGAGCCCACCAAGUGAUACAGGAGGGAGGAAAGAUCUCACAUACAGUGUAAUCUGUAAGAAAUGUGGCUUAGACCCCAGCCAGUGUGAGGACUGUGGUGGAGGACUCCGCUUCAUCCCAAGACACACUGGCCUGAUCAACAAUUCCGUGGUAGUACUUGACUUUGUGUCUCACGUGAAUUACACCUUUGAAAUAGAAGCCAUGAAUGGAGUUUCCGAGUUGAGUUUUUCUCCCAAACCGUUCACAGCUAUUACAGUGACUACGGAUCAAGAUGCACCUUCUCUAAUAGGUAUGGUAAGGAAGGACUGGGCAUCCCAAAAUAGCAUUGCUCUAUCAUGGCAAGCACCUGCUCUCUCCAAUGGAGCCAUUCUGGACUACGAGAUCAAGUACUAUGAGAAAGUCUACCCACGGAUAGCGCCGGCAUUUUGGCACUACCUGCGGGUAGAAGAGCAUGAGCAGCUCACCUAUUCCUCCACGAGGUCCAAGGCCCCCAGUGUCAUCAUCACAGGUCUCAAGCCAGCCACCAAGUACAUAUUUCAUAUCCGAGUGAGGACUGCAACAGGAUACAGUGGCUACAGUCAGAAGUUCGAAUUUGAAACAGGAGAUGAAACUUCUGAUAUGGCAGCAGAACAAGGGCAAAUUCUGGUGAUCGCUACUGCCGCGGUUGGGGGAUUCACCCUUUUGGUCAUCCUUACUUUGUUCUUCUUAAUCACUGGCAGGUGUCAGUGGUACAUAAAGGCUAAGAUGAAGUCAGAAGAGAAGAGAAGAAACCAGUUGCAGAAUGGGCAUUUGCGUUUCCCAGGAGUUAAAACUUACAUUGAUCCAGAUACCUAUGAAGACCCAUCCCUAGCAGUCCAUGAAUUUGCAAAAGAGAUAGAUCCUUCCAGAAUUCGCAUCGAAAGAGUUAUUGGAGCAGGUGAAUUUGGAGAAGUCUGUAGUGGGCGUUUGAAGACACCAGGGAAAAGAGAGAUCCCAGUUGCUAUUAAAACUUUGAAAGGUGGCCAUAUGGAUCGGCAAAGGAGAGAUUUUCUGAGAGAAGCCAGCAUCAUGGGUCAGUUUGACCACCCAAAUAUCAUUCGCCUAGAAGGUGUUGUCACAAAAAGAUCCUUCCCGGCCAUUGGGGUGGAGGCGUUUUGCCCCAGCUUCCUGAGGGCAGGAUUUUUAAAUAGCAUCCAGGCCCCGCAUCCAGUGCCAGGGGGAGGAUCUUUGCCCCCCAGGAUUCCUGCUGGCAGACCAGUAAUGAUUGUGGUGGAAUAUAUGGAGAAUGGAUCCCUAGAUUCCUUUUUGAGGAAACAUGAUGGCCACUUCACAGUCAUCCAGUUGGUCGGCAUGCUCCGAGGCAUUGCAUCAGGCAUGAAGUAUCUUUCUGAUAUGGGCUAUGUUCAUAGAGACCUGGCAGCUAGGAAUAUAUUGGUGAACAGCAACUUAGUAUGCAAAGUUUCUGAUUUUGGUCUCUCCCGAGUGCUAGAAGAUGAUCCAGAAGCUGCUUAUACAACAACUGGUGGGAAAAUUCCUAUAAGGUGGACGGCCCCAGAAGCUAUUGCCUAUAGAAAAUUCUCCUCUGCAAGUGAUGCAUGGAGCUACGGCAUCGUCAUGUGGGAGGUCAUGUCCUAUGGAGAGAGACCUUAUUGGGAAAUGUCUAACCAAGAUGUCAUUCUGUCCAUUGAAGAAGGUUACAGACUUCCAGCUCCUAUGGGCUGCCCAGCAUCUCUACACCAACUGAUGCUCCAUUGCUGGCAGAAGGAGAGAAACCACAGACCAAAAUUUACUGACAUUGUCAGCUUCCUUGACAAACUGAUCCGCAAUCCCAGUGCCCUUCACACCCUAGUGGAAGACAUCCUUGUAAUGCCAGAGUCUCCUGGUGAAGUUUCUGAAUAUCCUUUGUUUGUCACAGUCGGUGACUGGCUGGAUUCCAUAAAGAUGGGGCAAUAUAAGAAUAACUUCAUGGCAGCAGGGUUUACAACAUUUGACCUGAUUUCAAGAAUGAGCAUUGAUGACAUUAGGAGAAUUGGAAUCAUACUCAUUGGACACCAGAGACGAAUAGUCAGCAGCAUACAGACUUUACGUUUACAUAUGAUGCACAUACAGGAGAAAGGAUUUCAUGUAUGAAAGUACUACAAGCACCUGUGUUUUGUGCCUCAGCAUUUCUAAAAUGAAAAUGUCCUCUCUACUACUCUCUCUUCUGAUUCUCCAAACAUUACUUCCUAAACCACGGUCUCCCGUUCAGACUAUGGCUGCACACCUUAUGUUUCUGCUUCCAACCUGGAUUUUAAAUUCAUGCUACAUAGGUCCUCUCUGAAUAGCCUGCAAAUAAAAUCUUGGCCCACUUCAGAUUAUCAUUACACAAUGAUAAAUAACCCAGCAUGGAUGUGUAACUUUGUAUAGAAGUAUUUGGGAAGUGUUCAUGGACUUAAAAGAAUCUGUCCAGAUGUAGCAUCCUUAACGAUGUAUGUAGAGUUUAAUGGUAGAUGAGAAAGAAAUAGUUGACUUUUAUUUCCUAUUUUGUGAUCUAGUAACUUCCAAAUUGACAUUAAUAUUUAUUUUUUAGAAAACCUUACUCAAUUUUAUGGGUUGUAUUGUUGCUUCAUUUUUUAAUAGUUUAACUGUUGGUGCCUGAUGUUAUUAGAAUGAUUUGCCUAAAUGACCAAUGAUUCCAUGUAGUGCAUUCUUGUCAGGUGUGACUAUGGUGAGAAGGGUGUAUUGGGGAGGGAGCGGGAGAAAAAUACUGUGCUUUUAAAUCUUCUAAGGCUGGGUUUGUCUAUAUUUUUUUAAUUAACUUUAUAGUGUCCUACACAUUUCAUAGUAGGUGGUAGUUUAGAGGCUUUUCCCCUCUAAUUUUUUUACUAUUGUGUAUUUCUCUACUAUGUUUUGAAGAUGAUCCCUAGAAAGAUCAAGAGUGAGUCCAUUGCUCUAAGAGCUUUCAUAGAGUGAAGGAUGGAAUAAACCCAUGACUGUUCCUUAGCUCAUCAUCACAGCACUGAGAAAAGUGGUUGUUUUCAGAAUUGGUUUGAAUAAAGAAUAUAAGAUUAUAGCCUUAGAUUUAAUAUGAAAUGAUUAAUUAAAACAGAAUUUUAUGAUAGCUAUGUGGUAACCUAACAAAAUAAAUGUAUCCAGCUGACUGCUAAUGGUGCAUUUUGCAAGUUUAAGAAUUUUUAUGUCUGUUCACAAAAAUAGUUACAUUAACAUGCUGAGCUAUUUUCAAGGCCUUCUAAGAAAUAAGUAUGAAUACUGCAAACUGGAUUUAAAUAGAUUUUACUGAGCAUAUAUAUUGUGUGUCAAUCUGUGUCCAUAUAGUUCACAUAAAAAUGUGAGCACAGCUAAGGUGUCUCCUCACAAUCUUCUGAGAGGCUUGCAACAAAAAGGCAAAUAUAUUUUUUCAGUGAGUUAGGCUGAGUCAGUUUAUCAAAAUAAUGCUUUUUAAGUACAAAUUCAAUUAAAAUGUCAGCUGCUUCCUGUAAACCUAUAAAAAAUGACUACCAUGCUAGGUGAAAGAGUAAGGAGAAUGUGGUAAGGUAGAAAAAAACACAAAGCAGAUUGUCUAAAUAUGAUGAUUAAAUAGAUUGGUUUUUAUUUUAUUUCUAAGAUAAGAUUCCCUACCCACAUUCUCAAAUUCCGACUUAAAGUACAUUUUUUAAUCAUAGUAGUGUGCCUUGUAUUUAAGGAAGUUCACUGUUUCUUUUUUCCCUUAUUUUAAGAUUUUAUGGAUUAUCCCAUUAUACUAGAACCUUCUACAUAUUUUCUUUUGCUGAAUUAUUUCCUUAUUUUUGCCUAGAACAGCUUAAUUUUUCUCAUUCUGAAAAACAAAAAUGAAUUAAAGUCUUUAGAGUAUUCUAUAAGUAUACUUUAAAAAAAGAAAAAAAUGAGUAAUCCAUCACUUUUUAAGUGUCAGAAAUAGCUAGCCAUAUUUUUCAGCUGUCAACCUGCAUGGUCCUGUAUUACUCAUAGACUAUCUGCAGUGUGCUUGAUACAUUUACACAGAUCUGGAUACAUUUAGAGAAAAUAUAAAGUUUCCAUAUUUAUCUGUCUUCAAGUAUAUAUUAAAUAAUAACAGAAGUAAACAGAUGAAAUUUAUUAAUCAUAUAUAUUUAUUUUUAUAAUACAACAAAAAAGGUAUUUAGGAAAAUAAGAGAUAGAAUAAUAUGGUCUUCCAUAUGACUCUGUCAGCAGCAUCUGUAUACCUUGAUGAAAUAAAUUCUAUUAAAGUAUUUAAAUUUAUAUGGGAUGGAUAUUAAGUAAUUGAAAGAUUAAAGAUCUCUGUUAAGAAUA